AUGUCGUCUGACACCAGUAAAGUGCUGCUUACACCACGCCUCGCCCGCCGCCUCAUGGCCGCCUCAGCAGGGAGUAGGGAGUCCCGCAGUCCUGAGGCCUCCCCGUCUAAAGAUCCUCUGUCCAGGGAAGAUCUCCCCUCCUCCAGGGAGGAGGCUCCUGCUUCAGCCAGUAGCGGCUCUUCCUCCUCCUCCUCCUCCUCAUCACCUGCUCCUGAUCUUCCUGCAGAGCUGAGGAGAGAGCCCAACCUCCAGCACCUGAGCUGCCUCCUCAGAGAGCAGGUGAAGCACCUCCAGCAUGCGGUGGAGCGCUCUCAGCAGUUGUGCAAACAGAGGAGCGCGGCCCAGGAGCUGCUUCCACUCGACAAAGACAAAGAGAGCUGUCUGGACGAGCUGCUCAAACUCCAGUCUCUGCUCAGCACCAAGAGAGAGCAGAUCGCCACACUCAGACUGGUGCUGAAGGCCAACAAGCAGACUGCAGAGAGUGCACUGAUGAACCUGAAGAGUAGGUACGAAGCAGAGAAGUCUCUGGUGACGAACACCAUGAUGAAGCUGAGGAACGAGCUCAAAGCCCUGAAAGAAGACGCCGCCACCUUCUCCUCUCUGAGAGCUCUGUUUGCCACCAGAUGUGAUGAAUACGUGACUCAGUUGGACGAGAUGCAGCGACAGCUCGUGGCGGCGGAGGACGAGAAGAAGACGCUGAACUCUCUGCUGCGGAUGGCCAUCCAGCAGAAACUGGCCCUGACGCAGCGCCUGGAGGACCUGGCCUUUGACCAGGAGCAGAGCCGCCGGGGCCCCAGGUCGAGCCCAGGGAAGACGGCCCCUAAAGCCACCCUCGCCCCUUUGGCCCCGCCUCCUGACGUAUCCCAGCAACCGUCUUCAGCUGUGUCUUCAUCCAGCCCUGUGCCUUCAGGCCCGAGCAGCCCCACAGCAGGGCCCUCAGCAGGGCCCUCAGAGUGUAUGUCUCCUCCUGCAGCCGUCACAGAGCGGCCCUCAGCCCUGGACUCGUCCUCUCGCAGCUCUCUGACGGCCCCUGCCAGGUCUUCCCUGUGGUCCGUGGGAGUGCGCACCUUUGUGUUUAACUCCCACAGUUUGAGUGUGUGCCGGUCACCUGGGGGCCCCCGUUCUUCCCCUCUGACCAGGCCUUACAGCUCAGACCGACAGGUCCCCUCAGUGUCCUACCGGCCCCCCAGCUCAGGGCUCAGGCGCUCCACAUGGACCCCCCCGGCCCGGGCCCGACCCCUAUACUCUGGUUCCUCCUUCACUUCUCACUACACACCCCUGUACCCCCGAUCCUACGGCUCCUACCGGCCCCGAUACUAA